AUGCAAAUAACAUUUCGAGAACGAUGGCUCGACAGAAGACUGGCCUAUGAGAAAUUACAACAGAGUAAUGCUCCGAAAUUUUUAACAGUACCACAUGUCAAGAAUAACAUUUGGAUGCCAGACUCGUUCUUUCCGACUGAAAAAGCGGCACAUCGUCACCAUGUUGAUACGGAGAAUAUGUUCUUACGAAUCUAUCCGGACGGUCAAGUCCUUUACAGCGUACGCUUGUCGAUGACACUAUCGUGUCCUAUGUAUCUUCAGCUGUACCCAUUGGAUGUUCAGCACUGCGAUUUUGAUUUGAUCAGCUAUGCGUUCACCACUAAAGAUAUUGUUUAUCAAUGGGAUGACACAGGAUCUCCGGUACAAGUUAAACCUGGUGUUGGUAGUGAUUUGCCAAAUUUCGUUUUAACAUCAAUUGAUACGAAUCACGAAUGUACCAGUCAUACGAACACAGGUCUAUUUUUAAACUUAUUUUCAUUUUAUUAUGGGUCAUACGCAUGCCUCCGAAUGCGCCUAAAAUUAACACGACAAUUCAGUUACUAUUUUCUACAACUAUACGGUCCAACAACGAUGAUCGUUAUUGUUAGCUGGCAAUCGUCGAUAAAUGCCAAACUACCACCCGUCAGUUAUGUGAAAGUUGUCGACGUAUGGCUUGGAGCAUGUCAAACGUUCGUAUUCGGCGCUCUACUUGAAUACGCAUUUGUUUCGUAUCAGGACAACUGCUUACAAGAAGAAAAAACAAAACGUGAUAUAUUAAGAAAAUCCCAAAAGAGACAUUCAAAAAUGAAUGAAGAAAUUAUUGAUGAAAGUGGUGAGCAAUACCAGCCACCAUGUACAUGUCAUUUGUUCGAUCCACCAUCAUAUCGACAGAAAUUUUCGGAUCGUGUACGCAAAUGGUUUACAAAACCAUCUUACUUACCAGCUAAAAUAGACUUCUACGCGCGUUUCAGCAUGCCAGCUGGAUUUUUCAUAUUUAAUAUAGUUUACUGGGCCUGUUGUUAUGUGAUGACCUCAAAAUAUAAUUCAGACAAAUUGUAA